GGAGGAUAUUGUAGAAGCGGCCCAUCUGUCGUCCGAUUCCCCCCUUUUCGUUCCUCCAUUCUCGCUCCCGCCGGAAGACAGACUAAUCCUCUUGCCCCAGGACGGGUUUAUGGCGUACCAAAGGUUGAACGAGAUGUGGUGCGACGGUCUUGCCGGGAAGGUAGCAGAGGCGGAGGCGCGAGAGCAGGCGAAGCGCGAGGACGCGGAGCGCUUGGCGGAACGGGAGGCUGUUCGGGCUGCUGCGGCGAGGAAGCAGGAGGACGAACGUGAGGCUGCUCUGGCUGCUGCGGCGAGGAAGUAUGAGGAGGAGCGUGCGGCUGUUCUGGGGGAGCGUGAGGCGUAUCUCCAAGCGGCUAGGGCGAAGCAGGGGGCGCUCUGA